UUCUCCUCCAACCUCUCUCGCCUCGCCUCGGUUCGAUUCGGUCGAAGCGGGCGGGGGAGGCUAGGGCAUCGGAUGGGCGCGUCGAGGAGGCUCUAGAGGCGCUUGCGUUGUUUUUUUUUUGUGGGGGGGGGGGGGGGGGAGCGGCGGGCGGAGAUGGAGGAGAAGUCGUCGUCGUCGCCGCUGAUCCCGCCGCCGUCGGAGAUCGACCUGGAGGCGGGCGGCGCGGGGGACCAGCUCCAGUGCCGGAUCUGCCUCGAGACCGACGGGAGGGACUUCAUCGCGCCGUGUAAGUGCAAGGGGACGUCCAAGUACGUGCACCGCGACUGCCUCGACCACUGGAGGGCCAUCAAGGAGGGAUUUGCAUUUUCUCAUUGUACCACCUGCAAGGCUCCAUAUUACUUGAGGGUUCAUGUCCACACUGAUAGGAAAUGGCGAACACUAAAGUUCCGUUUCUUUGUUACUAGAGAUAUUCUAUUCAUCUUUGCACUAGUCCAGCUUGUUAUCUCUGCAUUGGCAUAUUUGGUACAUUUUAUUGAUGGGUACCAGCAAUAUUGGUUGAGGAUGGCCUGGGGUUUUGAUAAUGAAGUUAGUUUUUAUUAUAUAUGUGGGGCGUUAUUGUUUUUUGCUUUGUUGGGGUUAUCAGGAUGCUUCAUAACUUGUUACGACCGACGAGUACGGAAUGACUUGGCUCAGCCUUGUCGAGAAUUAUGUCUUUGUUGCUGUCAGCCAGGGAUGUGUGCAGAUUGCCAUCUUCCUGGGACGCUUUGCAUGUGGACCGAUUGCACUACAUGCUUUGAAGGUUGCGCAACUACAGCUGGCGAAUGUGGUGGUUGCUUAGGAGGCGCUGGGGAAGCAGGGCUACCGUUGCUCCUCAUCAUGGGAGUGAUUGUGCUUGGGCUUUUCACGGUUAUUGGCAUAUUCUACAGCGUUCUGGUUGCCACAAUGGUUGGCCAGCGGAUCUGGCAGCGGCACUACCACAUUCUAGCCAAACGAAUGCUAACCAAGGAAUACGUUGUAGAGGAUGUCGAUGGGGAGCGCACAGACUGGUGUCCGCCGCCGCUCCCCGCGGAGCACAUCAACCAGCUGAGGUCUCUGGGACUUCUGUAGCCCAUGCCAUCAUGUCGAUGGCAGAGGAUGACGAUGACCUUAAGUUAGGACCCGCGCGGCACUACCCAGCUGUACAGGAGGCGAUACAAAGCAGGGAGGGGCUGGUGCAGCGGAACGUGGCGAUAUCAUUUGUCUUUUAUUUUUUGUACAUUGUAACGGGAAAGUUCUGUCUGGAAAUUUGAAAACACCGUAAAUUUUUAUACCAAGUGAAUGGCUUACUUCACUGAAA